UCUUUUUUAAUAUAUAAAAUAUAAAUUAUUUUUUUGUAGUUUGUGUUCUGUUUCUGUUUCUGUUUCUGUUGUUAAUUCAUCAGAUUCCCUUCGUUCGUAGAAGUAAACCCACAAAGAAUCUCUUUUGAGAUCCAACGAUACAAUGCCAAUUUACCUAUAAUUUCGCUUAUAUCAGAAUUAGGGUUUUUCUCUCUCUAUCAUCCCCCAAUUUCUGUCCAAAUUACCACAAAAUCCAUUCCCCCCUCACCCAAUUCUCUUUCGAAGUUUUCGGGUUACUAAAUUAGAUUCAGCUGUGAAGUCCAUUUCUUUUUCAAAUUUUUUGUUUUUUUUGGACUAGAUCAAGGCUUGAACUGCUGUUGAUUACAGUGUAUUUUUGGUGGGUUUUCAUGUCUGUCUGAUUUUUUGACUUUCAAGUUUGAACUGCUGAUCAGGAGCUGAGAUUAACGGGAUUUGUGUUAGCUUGGUGUUGCAUGUAGGGAAUUCUUGCAAUUUGGGGCUCAAUUUCAGUGCUUAAUAUUUUUUUGGUUGAAUGUUGAUAAGGAGAUUAAUCAGAAGUUUUGACAAGCUUUAGAGGUUUUAGGGUUUGGCUCUGAUUUGGUACUCUGCAUGUGUAAGCAGCAAGGGGUCCUCUACUAGACUGUGGAGGAUCCCUAUUAACUAUUCCAUUAUUUUCCUAAUUAUUAUUUUUGAAGAGAUUGUGAAAUGGAGAAAUGCAAAUAAGAAUAAAUAGUUGAUUUGGAGUCCGUCUUUGGCAAGUUGAGGGCUUUUGCUUGGUUGGCAUAUUGUGGAUUGGUAUUGAUUAUUUACCAUAUUUAUAUAAACUAUUUCUGGGAAGGAAAUGUUCAGUUCUGGUCCAGUUACUGCCCAUGACAAUACUGGAGUAGUUCCCAUGCGCUUUGUAUGGCCGUAUGGAGGGAGGAGUGUGUUUCUCAGUGGCUCGUUCACCGGAUGGACUGAACACAUUCCUAUGUCCCCAGUGGAGGGGUGCCCAACUGUUUUCCAAGUUGUUUGCAGCUUAACACCAGGAUAUCACCAGUACAAGUUUUUUGUUGAUGGAGAAUGGCGACAUGAUGAGCACCAGCAAUCUGUGAGUGGGAAUUAUGGGGUAGUAAAUACUGUUUUCUUACCUAGGGAACCAGAUAUGGUUCCUUCAAUUGUUAAUCCUGAGACAUCUGGAUCUAAUAUGGAGCUGGAUGAUGUCUUUUUACGUCCGGAAGUAAGGCUAACAGAGGCUGAUUUGGAGGUCUCUCGUCAUCGUAUUUCUGCAUUUUUGUCCACGCAUACUGCGUACGAGCUGCUUCCCGAGUCAGGCAAGGUUAUUGCCUUGGAUGUUAAUUUACCUGUUAAGCAGGCAUUUCAUAUUCUCUAUGAACAGGGUGUCCCUGUAGCUCCUCUCUGGGACUUUCCCAAGGGCCAGUUUGUUGGAGUUCUCAGUGCUUUGGAUUUCAUCUUGAUUCUAAGGGAGCUUGGAAAUCAUGGAUCUAAUUUGACGGAGGAAGAAUUGGAGACGCACUCUAUAUCUGCUUGGAAGGAAGGGAAGUUACAUCUUAAUAGACAAAUCGACGGCGAUGGGAGAGCAUAUGCUAGACGUCUCAUCCAUGCUGGGCCGUACGAUUAUCUGAAAGAUGUUGCUCUGAAAAUUUUGCAAAACAAAGUAUCAAUGGUUCCAAUCAUUCAUUCUUCUUCACAUGAUGGUUCAUUUCCACAGCUACUACAUCUUGCUUCUCUGUCAGGAAUACUAAAAUGCAUAUGCAGGCACUUUAGGCACUCUGCUAGCUCUUUGCCUGUUCUUCAACAACCGAUUUGUACAAUUCCUCUUGGCACAUGGGUUCCAAAAAUUGGAGAAUCAAAUCUACGGCCAUUUGCUAUGUUGCGACCAAAUGCUUCUCUUGGUGAUGCUCUAUCUUUAUUAGUUCAGGCUGAAGUUAGUUCAAUACCGAUUGUAGAUGACAAUGAUUCACUUGUGGACAUAUACUCCCGAAGUGACAUCACUGCUUUGGCAAAAGAUAAAGCGUAUGCACAGAUUCAUCUUGACGAAAUCAGUAUUCAUCAGGUAAUUUCUGAUUUUUUUUUUUCCUUCUACAAAUACAUUUCAUGCAAUUGCAGACAUCCAUUUUGCCAAUGGCCUCAAUCAACCAACUGUAUGGACUGCAUAAACCUCCUUGUGCAAAAGGCUUUGCAAUUGGGACAAGAUGCGAGUUCACCAUUCUACAAUGGACAGAGAUGUCACAUGUGUUUGGGAUCUGAUCCUCUACACAAAGUGAUGGAGCGGCUUGCUAUUCCUGGGGUUAGGAGAAUUUUGAUUGUGGAGGCUGGUACCAAGCGUGUAGAAGGGAUAAUCUCAUUGAGUGAUGUGUUCAGGUUUCUGCUUGGUUAGCCUAGGCAUUAGCCAUGAUCUGUGUGGAAUUGUUUGCUAUAGUAACAUUGGAGAAGGCUCAUUUCUUUAUCAUCUGUUAAGUCUCUUUCAUUGGAAGGGCCCCAUGGUUAUGAGCCCCACCCUCUUUUUAGGGUAGAAAAUUCAGAAAAAAAAAAAAAAAAAAAAAAAAAAAAAGAGAAAAAAAUUUGUAAAUUGUGAGUAUUCAAAUUUUCCACCUUACGAUCCAAUUAUUAUCAACUCAAUUGUGCUGCUGGAGAGCAGCUUCCAUGUUUAGUUCCUACAGGCUUAAAGUGCAGGCAAUUCUUGUGAUUGAUGCGCCUAAUUCAGAUGGCUAGUUUAUAUUUUAUUUUCAAUCUACUUUUGAUCUUGUAUAUUGGAAAUUGGACAGUAAAAUGGAGUUCUUUAUGGUGCAAG